UGGGUGCAUGCAGCGUCACAGACAGGCCAUCCAGUACAGUGUGGCAGAGCGUGGGUGAGUGCGUUUGUGUGCUUGUGAGAGGCAGGGUCAGGGCAGAGUUUCGGAGCACGUUCAGUUGACAGGCGUCGCCGUUGCUACUCGACUCGGAUAACAAUACAGGCGAAGCCACGGAGUUGUCGCGACUCGCGAGAUACGCGCCUUUAACCGGAUUAACCCUAGGAAAGCCGUUUUGGAGGGAUCCGAGCUGAAGGCGGAUGAGCGCAGCCCGCGGGAGGGCAAGUGUGUUUCUGUGGAGGAGUCCAGGUUGGGAAAGAUGAACAAAAACCACCGAGCGCCGAGCAACCGAACUCUGAACGCCGUGGAGGUGAAGAGCAAGUUUGGAGCUGAAUUCAGGCGAUUCUCUUUGGACCGGUCAAAGCCGGGACGCUUCGAUGAGUUCUACGGUUUGCUCCAGCACGUGCACCGGAUCCCUAACGUGGACCUGCUCGUGGGUUACGCCGACAUCCAUGGGGACCUGCUGCCAAUCAACAAUGAUGACAAUUACCACAAAGCCAUAUCCAUGGCAGCGCCCCUGCUCCGCCUCUUUCUGCAGCGGAAAGAGGAGGCCGACUACUCUGCAUUCGGCACGGACAGUGUGACCCGUAAGAAGACCCCCGCAGCUCUCGCUGCAGUACUUCUUCGCCCGGACGCCAACAAAAAGAAGCCUCCAUUCAUCAUCAGCCUGCCCAAAGACUUCCGCCCAGUUUCGUCCAUCAUCGAUGUGGACAUCCUACCAGAAACACACCGUCGUGUUCGUCUCUACAAACACGGCCAGGAGAAACCGCUGGGCUUCUACAUACGCGAUGGUUCCAGUGUACGUGUCACUCCCCAAGGCCUGGAGAAGGUUCCGGGCAUCUUCAUCUCCCGCAUGGUCCCCGGAGGCCUGGCAGAGAGCACGGGCCUGCUGGCCGUCAAUGAUGAAGUGCUGGAGGUCAAUGGCAUUGAGGUGGCUGCAAAGUCCCUGGACCAAGUAACGGACAUGAUGAUCGCUAAUAGCCACAACCUCAUUAUAACGGUCAAACCGGCCAAUCAGCGCAAUAACGUAGUACGCCAUAUCAACAGCGGAGGUGGGGCCACAUCCGGCAGCUCGGGACGAUCCUCGGACAGCAGUACGUGUUUCUACAAUUACUCCACGCCGGUCUCCAUGGGAAUGACUCCAUCUCAUAUUAUUCAGAACUAUGAACCGGAUGAGGAGAGCGAUGAGGAUGAAGAUCUGGUGAUUGAGGGUAACGGCGAGACUAAACUCAUUCCACAGGCAGUUGCACAGGCGACAGCCAGCUCCAGCAUGCCCGCUCUGCCCAGAUAUGAACCCCACCUCAAUCUCAGACCCUCCAAUGGUACCAUGGCAACGAGUGUCAGUACGGGGUCUCUGAAUGCCCGCGAGAGGGGCCUGGAGAGAUGUAAUCUAGAGGAAGAAGGCACAGUUAUUACACUAUAAAGACAGUGAUCCAACACAAACCUUGUGAAACACAUGCCAAUACGCACUUUUGUGUGCCAUAAGACUAGUAUAGCAUGGCUAUAUAUUCAGCAACCAGAGAGUGUGGGAACGAGAGAGGAGACCACAGCACCUUAUAGGACCUCUUUAUAACCACAUCACCACUGAGAGCAGCACAGUACCAAAAUAGCUGCUGUAUAAGUAAUAAUGAACUGCCUGUGUCAGACUGUUUGAAAAAUGCAGAUAUCUGCAGGGUGAUCUCAACAACUUGACACCAUAUGAAUCAUGACAAUCUUUGACUUUGACAACCCCUCCCUUACGAGUGCUUUAGCAUUAUGACAGAGAUCAAAGUAGGGUGGCUUACCCAGCGUCUGUGUUGCCAUGGUAACCCGCUCAGAGUUACUACUGUCAAGUUAAGAAGGAAUGCUGAAUUGUGCUUUUCAUCAUUUCCUGUCUACAGCACUAAGGUUAUCAUGAAUGUUUCCGGAGGCUAGGUGGAUAUUGUUAGAACAUCAUUAUUUUUAAAGCUUAGUUGGACAUUUCAAAGUUUUAGACUGCUGCCUCGGUUAAGAUAGUGUGUACAUUUUCAAUUUUUUAAUCAUAGCAAAAAUACAGAUUAUUGUCAUAUUUUGUCAUAUAAUGGUAUUUUUUAUUUUUUACCAAUUUGUUUGACAAGGGCUAUCUUCCUGCUCUGUGUUUUUUUUACCCAUGUGACCCUGUGGGAUUGGAAUACAUUGUGAUGUUAUUGUGCACUCUGAAGUGGACACAAGGAUGUUUCAUGUAUGAAGAGUGUCUGUAAGCCUCAAGUGUUGCAAGCGAAUUAGAGAGAAGAAAAAACUGAUUGGCAUUGAAUAUUCACAGGGAUGUUUUUUUAGAUGAUGUGUGAACUGUACGUAUCUUUGGGGGUCCACACAUUGCACCAGGCAAGCAUACAGUUACAUCAGAGAUUCUGAAAUUUAGGCGCAGAACAAAUGCGAUUUAGUAAAUGUGGUCUAAAGGGAUGGUUUGCCUAUAUGUCAGCAUUUGUUCACCCUCAUCUGGUUUAAAACUUGUAUAGGACUCUUUCUUCUGUAGAACAUAAAUUAAGAUAUUUCAUGAAAUGUUUUUUAUCCAUACAGUCGGGUCAGUGUUGUUUGGUAACAAACAUUCUUCAUUAUACCUUAUUUCGUGCUUUGAAGAAGAAAGUCAUACAGGUUUGGAAUCACAUGAGGGCGUAUAAAUGAUGAAAGAAUUUAUUUUUUGAUGGAUACCUUCCCUUUAAUCUUAAUCUUUUUUAAGAUAUGCUCUGCGAACUUGCCUGGCUGAAAUCUUGGCCCCGGAACAUUACGUCUCUGAAAAUUCACAUUUAAUGGUGUUAACACUUUCUCUCCGUAUCUAACUUCCACACCUUUACAAACACUCCACGCUUUGUGUAAGGCAAGGGUGGACCUUCCAACUUGAUAUAUAAUUGUUAUAUUUGAAUGAUAAACAUCCAUCUUUAUGAACAAACGGUAAAGUCCCAGUGAAAUUAAAAAGGACAAUGCCUAUUUUUCCUGAAAUAUUGCAGCGUUUAUUGUAAAUAGUUUAUCAAUGUUUGUGAUUCUCUUUAAUCUGUGCGCCUUCAUAAACUUCAGUUAAACUCUAAAAAUGCACUUCCGUCCUGUAAUGACUAUCCAUCUUAAAUGAUGUAUGUUAGACGCCUUUGACAGCAUAUGUUAACUCCUCCCCUUCAACUGUAGGUUUGCUUUUAUACAUCCAAUGAAACAGCAGAGAAAGACAAAAGCCACGGCCACAUUUUUCCUCAUUUAAAAUUUAGUUUCACUCGGAAAUGCAUCAAAAUACGCAAGUAAAAACGAUUGCAACUUCUUGUUCACAGGGACUUUAAGCUCUUUUGUCAAAGCAUUCCUUCAAGAGGCUAUUACCAUAGGUACACAUAUCCCUCUUUUGUCCUUACACAUGGGUAUCAUAGAGACAUGCUUGAUUUUGUAAGCUUAAGUAUAAGAUCACAAUUUGUGUCAACAUGCACUGAGGGAAAGAUGUGCCUCACUGUAAACCCAUACGGUUCAGAUCUGCUGUCUGAGAUUUAGCCGAGAUAGCCUUUCAUUUCUAAAUACUGCUGUCUCACCUGCAUAAAAGCUGAUGAGAAAUCUAAACACUGGAUGCUAUGAGCAUGUCGCUCAUUUCACACAAAGCUUUUCAUGGCACUUACACUUUACAAUACAUCAUGUACAUUACCAAAACCUGCUCGUAGUAGCACACGCACUGUAGCUAUAAUUAUACAUUAUUCUUACAGAUCAUUCAUAUUCAAGGUGUAAGCAACAUAUUGAAUGGAGUUUUUCGCUGUGUUAAUUUAUUUUUAUAAUAACCACUACACAUGAUUUGGGAUUGUAACCACAAAAGUUUUAUUUAUUUUCAAACAGAUAUAUGUAUUUUGACAUACAAACCUCAUUAUUUUUUUAUCUCGCGUUUUAUUUUUUGUCCACUAGCAUCUUUGGUGAAACUUCAUUCUGAAACCUUUUUGGAACUAGAAAUAUGAAGAAUAUAACCUGUUAUUUUCCAAACUGUGAAUAUCUUUACAUUUCUAAUGGAGACCAUAUAUCUAUGACCACCUAUAGGGGAUUUAGAAAUGGGCUUUUAAGCGUUAUCAUGUGUCAAUUUCACUUUUUUGAUAAUGAGCUUGCCAGAUAAAUCCUUUAGAUUUGUACUGAAAGUUGUCAGUAUUUUCUUAUUAGUACUACAUAAUGUAAAUUUGUUUCGCAAUAUGAAACUUUUAAAAGAUUAAUGCUAUAUAUUGAGACAUAGAUGCACAUGUAUUAUAGCAAAUCUCGGAUUAAAUAAACUAAUAUGUAGAAAAACA